CCGCCUCCGCGCGCAGCUCGGCUCUUGCCUCCUCCGCAGUCUCUGCCGCGAGCUCCCGGUGGUGCCCGCCGGGCGGUGACCGGCGGUGGCGGGGCGGCCUCCGGCUCUGGCAACCCGCUAGGCUCGUGGCAACAGCGCCCCCGCCCUCCCUCCCUCGCCAGCGUUGGUGACCGCCUGGGGGCUCUUUGAUUCGAACUGGGCAGCGCCCCGGCGACUAAGCUUCACAGGACAAAAUGGAAAAUAUGCUAUUUUGGUUGAUGUUUUUCACGCUUGGAUGGACCACCAUUGAUGGAUCAGAGGUGGAACAGGAUUUUACGUGGCACUUGAGAAAAAUACCCCGGGUCAUCAGUGAAAGGACUUUCCAUCUCACCAGCCCCACAUUUGAGGCAGAUGCUAAGAUGACGUUAAAGAGAGUGUGUGGCAUCGAAUGUCAGAAGGAACUCCCAGCUCCCAGCCUUUCUGAACUGGAAGAUUCUCUUUCAUAUGAGACUGUCUUUGAGAAUGGCACCCGGACCUUGACCAGAGUGAAAGUUCAAGGUUUGGUUCUUCAGCCAACUCCAAAUAUCACCACAAAAGGAGCAUCUGUUAGGAGAAAGAGACAGGUGUAUGGCACAGACAGUAGGUUCAGCAUCUUGGACAAAAGAUUCUUAACCAAUUUCCCUUUCAGUACAGCCGUGAAGCUUUCCACCGGCUGCAGUGGUGUUCUCGUUUCACCCAACCACGUCCUAACUGCUGCCCACUGUGUUCAUGACGGAAAAGACUAUAUCAAAGGGAGUAAAAAGCUUAGAGUGGGGUUGUUGAAGAUGAGGAAUAAAGGAGGUGGCAAGAAACGUAGGGGAUCUAAGAAGAACAGGAGAGAAGCAAAUGGUGGUGACCAGACUGAGGAUGGUAAAGAGAAUCUGAAGGCAAGAGCCAAGGCUGGAAGAAAAAGAAAGGAAUCUGCGAGGGGUCAGAGAGUAGCUGAGGGGAGGCCCUCUUUCCAGUGGACCCGGGUCAAGAAUACCCACAUUCCCAAAGGCUGGGCUACAGGAGGGAGUGGGGACGCCGCCCUGGACUAUGACUAUGCUCUCCUAGAGCUGAAGCGUGCUCACAAGAAGAAAUAUAUGGAACUAGGCAUCAGUCCGACCAUCAAAAAGCUGCCAGGUGGAAUGAUCCACUUUUCAGGAUUUGAUCGUGAUAGGGCAGAUCAGUUGGUCUACCGGUUUUGUAGCGUGUCCGACGAAUCCAAUGAUCUCCUCUAUCAAUACUGCGAUGCUGAGUCGGGCUCCACUGGCUCCGGGAUUUAUCUGCGUCUGAAAGAGCCAGCCAAAAAGAAUUGGAAGCGCAAAAUCAUUGCUGUCUAUUCAGGCCACCAGUGGGUGGAUGUCCACGGUGUUCAGAAGGACUACAAUGUGGCUGUCCGCAUCACCCCCCUCAAAUACGCCCAGAUUUGCCUCUGGAUUCACGGAGAUAAUGCCCGCUGUACUUCUGGAUAACAGAAACCCGGAAACCAGGCCGUGGAUGAUCUAAAUAGCAGAGGAAACCAGUUCUGAUUAUUGUAGCAAGAUCACUUCACAGGUGCCUGGACUUGAACCCUAUCAAUAGCAUUUCAACAUUUUUAUAAAUUUAGUUUUUUCAAAAAUAGAAGAUUUUCAUACAUUUUAAAAAGUUUAGGUAAAGAUAUUGAAACUAGAUGGGUAUUUCAAUGCUAAGUAUAUAUUCUUCACAUGGUGGUAAGUUUCAUUUGUGGGAAAAUUUUUGUUUUUGCCUUAAAAAUUAGAUACUCUUUAAAACUUCAAGCUGGUACUAUAAGUAAUGUGUGAUUUCUUGAUGGGCUUAUUCUCAGGGUCCUACUCUAAGAAGAAUCUAAUGGCAUGCCAGUUGCAUAUCAAAUGUGAAAUUGCAUAUACAGAGGUAGACAGUUACAUAAUUAGAAUCAAGGCAGAGACAAAAAUUUACAACACAGGGCUCUAUUCUGAGAAGGACCCAUUCGGUUCAUGCCCUCAGUGUUUACAUUGUGUUUUCUGUUGGGUCUCAGAAACUUAAAAAAAAAACACAUUUUUUUUUUUUAAAGUAUUACAAGGAAUGGCAAAAUUUAUAAACAAAGCUAUUAACUAUUUUACUGCUUUAAAAAGUAUCAGCUGUAGUGUGUAUUAUGUGAAAAUGAAAGAAAUUGUUCUAUGGAAUAAAUCUAGUUUGAAAAUAGAGAAGUUGAGACAUUUUAAGAACUGAAGUUUUUAACUAUAUUCAAAAUACGGACUUUUCAUGGAUACAUAGGGCAGACAGUUCAAAAGUUAUAAAUGAUCAUGCAUUGAAAGACACAUCGUUUUAUGCUACACAUUAUCCUAUGUAUGAGAUGUUAACUUUUUAGGACAAGGAAUUCUAAUCUUUUUUAAGAGCCUUUUUUUCUCCUUGAUAAAGUUUGGCUUUUUUAAUAGGGCCAGAGGCAUAUUAUUUUGAUGAAUUCUCUGAUUAGUAAUUUUAGGUAUGUUCUUUCCUAAAAAUGAAUAUAAUUCUGAAUAUAAUUUUUAAAAGAAAGUUCUGAUUGUUUUCAUUAGGGACCAAGGCUGUACACUCACUCUAACCAUCAUGGCAGCCUAAGCAGAUGGAGAGAAUCCAGUGGCUGCUCUGGGGCACCCCCUACUUAUUUCCUGAAUGAACAGGUAUUUACUGAAUGGCUCUAAAAGGAUGUUAGUUCAGACCCUUAGGUAUAAAGGGUUUUAGUGAUUUGUAGUUGAGUCAACCAUAAAAUUCAGAAACUUCAGGCCUAAUUUCUGGUCUGUUCUUCCUGGCGGUUUCUAGGCACGCAUUCUCUUCUCUCAUAAUACACCCAAGUCACCGAUUCUGCCGGAGUUCAAAUCUACUUUACUUGUUAUUAUUAUUAUUUUUUAAGAAUGGAGAGUUAUAUCCUUCACUAGUAUGCGAAGGAAUAUUUGAUCAGAUUAGGAUAAAAUGAUUUUGUAAAUGGUGUUCAAAAUAGGUGAUAUUCAGUACAAGUGAACAUUCUUUUGUAAUGUGAAUCAGUUAUAAAUCAUUCAAUAAAAAAUUAGAAAUAAAUCAAUUAUAA